AUGAAGGUCCUCAUCCUCGCCUGCCUUGUGGCACUUGCCCUCGCAAGGGAGGAAGUACUUAGUGUAUCCUCCGAGACUGAGAGUGUUUCCAGCAGUGAGGAAUCUAUUGCACAUAUCACUGAGCAGAAACUUCAGAAGGUGAAACGCAUGGAACAGCUGCAGGCAGAGGAUGUGCUCCAGGAUAAAGUUCACUCCAUCCAGUCUCAAUCCCAGGCUUUUCCGUAUGCUCAGCCCAUCUCUUGCGUUCCCCUCGCACAAACCAUCCAGCCUGUUGCUCAGCCCCCCGUGGUGCCUUCUCUGGGACCUGUCAUUUCUCCUGAACUGGAAGCCUUCCUUAAAGCUAAAGCCACCAUCCUUCCCAAGCACAAAGAGAUGCCCUUCCUUAACUCUGAAACUGUCCUCCGCCUCUUCAGCUCUCAAAUCCCCAGUGUUGCUGAGCUUGCAAACCAGCACCUUUCUCAGUCUCUGGUCCAGCUCCUGGCACAACCUGUGCAGGCUUCUGCUCAGCCUCCAGUGGUUUCUUCUCAGCCCCAAGGGUCUCUUCCUCAGUCCAAAGAUCUGUACGCUCUCCUGCAAGUAGCACCCUUCCUUCAAGGAGAUAUGUCUGUCCAAGACCUUCUGCACUACCUUCAACUUCUGCUUAACCCCACCAUCCAGGUCCCUACCACUCAACGAGUUCAUCACGUUACUGUAAGUUUAAAUUUACCUCCUUUCAGUUCCCUUCAAAAUGUGCAUAUCACUAUAUUAAUAGAGAAAAUUGAGAGCUCUAGAAUGAAAGAAUAA